AUGGCGUUGGCCCCUCCACCAUAUCCACAGCAGUCUACCAGUAUCCCUGCUCGGCCACAAGCCCUGCAUUCCACCUAUGCCUCACGUCUGCGCACGGGGACGACCCUGCUUAUGCAGCCGAUUUUGGCAUCCUCGUCCGCCAUUGCCGUCACGACGCGCUCCUCUCGGCGGGGUGGCGCCGUGAACUACGCGGAACCAGCGUCUGGCGACGAGUUCCCGGACGCCGGAGCUAUUGAUUCUGAAGACUCGGACUUUGUGGCGAGCGGAGGAACGCGGUCUGCGGUACGUUCAGCGCGGCUUUCGAGCAAGGCACCUAUAGGGGCAUCCGUGUUCCACGCUGGAAAUGCGACACCGGUAGCACAGCCAGCGCAGGCACAGCAGCGAAAUGAGCUGGACCAGAGUUACCUGGGUAUGAUACCGCCGUCACGUUUUAUAACUGCAAGGCCUGUCGCGCCCACAAAACACGAGUACUUCCCGCCUGAGGCCAUGGAAGUGCAGGCACGCAGACCGACAUCGCUAGUACCCAUACGUGUCGAGUUUGAGACGGACACUCUCAGAAUACGGGACUGCUUCGUAUGGAACCUACACGAAGACCUGAUCAAACCGGAGUCGUUUGCACGAGCAUUCUGUGUCGACCUGGACCUACCGGUAAACCCUUGGGCGGAGACGGUUGCCAACCAAAUCAGGGCGCAGCUGGAAGAGCACGAAGGGGUUGCAGCGGUCGACUUUGGUGUGCCCGACCCAGAAAUGGAGGAGAAGCUUCGAGCGGGCGAGGAAAUGGGCGAGUGCCGGGUGAUUCUGAGUAUCGACGUGCAGAUCGCUACAUACCACCUGUGUGACACGAUUGAGUGGGAUCUACUGUCGUCGCUCACGCCCGAGGCCUUCGCGAGCAAGCUUUGCUCCGAGCUGGGGCUGUCGGGCGAGGCGGUGCCGCUGGUCGCGCACGCGAUGCACGAAGAGAUCGUGAAGCACAAGCGUGACGCGCUCGAGUGGGGUGUGAUCGGCGGCGACGCGCGCGAGGCGGACGACGAGCGGCCGCGCGACAAAAGCGGGCUGAGUCUGCUGAAGGACAAGACGGGGCUGGGGCUGGGGUGGGGCCGUGCGCCGAAGGACGGGCGCGGGCCGAAGCCGCUCAGGAGCGUAUGGCGCGACUGGGCGGAGGCGGAGGAGUUCACGACGCGCUUCGAGGUGCUGACCGCGGAGGAGGUCGAGCGGAGAGAGGUCGAGCGCGAGCGCGCGAGUCGACGAUUACGUCGGGAGACAUCGAAGUUCCAGUCGCAGACGGCGCGCAGGCGACGAUGA